AUAACACGAACAGUUCUUUUAGUUUCAGCAUUAAAGUGUUGCAUUGCAACAUAAUAAACACCGCAACUGGACAAGAAACAAAGAAAAAUUAAAGCGAUUUUAUACUUUUUGUCCGAGUCACGUGACGAAAGCGCAGGCAGCGAGUGUGUACAAGAAAAUGAAGCUUUUAAACGCUAUUUUAGUUAUCCAGUGCACUGUGAAAAUGCUAGACGUUUAAUACUAAAAAGUAGAUUUUAUCAGGUAGCCUCUGUAUUGCUACAUCAAGUGUAUCGCUAAAUGCUAGCUAGCUGUUCAGUUGUUAGCAUCUUAGCAGCUGCGGUGUCUCCUUCAAAUCACUGAAUAUGACCUCCGCCUCCACCAAAGUGGGGGAGAUCUUCUCAGCAGCAGGAGCUGCCUUCACCAAGCUCGGAGAGCUCACCAUGCAGCUUCACCCAGUUGUGGACUCGAGUCCUGCCGGUUCCCAUCUAUCGUCCAGCGGUCUGACGAAGGGCGUUGUGAAGAGGAAGCUGUAUGAAGAUGGGCUGCCUGCCGCUGGCGACGGCUCUAAAAAGAUUAUCAAAAAGUCACCUGCUGCUGUCGCCAUGGCCACCCAGGGCAUCUCCACGCCAACAGCGUCAGUUGUCAUGGCGUCAGGAUUACAGGGUCUGCCCUCCAACCAGCCCACACUGAAAAAACAGAAGACUGCAGAUGUGACCCUCAGUGCUCUGAAUGACUCCGAUGUCAACAGUGACCUGGUGGAUAUCGAGGGAAUCAGCGAGGGAUCCAACUCCAAAAAACUCAACAACUUUGAGAAGGUGAUGCUGAUGUUCCUCAUUUCUGAUUGGCUGAAGUUGUAG